AGAGGCGUUCGCUCCGAACAUCUGGGCGAUGUUCUGGGUGUAGUUGGUCCAUGAAGCGGUAAAGAGCGCUGGAAGCCGAGUCAUGUGACAAUGUACCCGACGGGGAGUCCGUUCUCCUGCCCAGACUGCGGGAAAAACGUGGGUCGCCGAUCGACGCUUGUGCGUCACAUGACUUAUCACUGCAGCGCCAAGACCGGGAAGCUCCCCGUCACCCCCGGCGAGCUGCCUCCUGUGACCGGCGAGCCGCGUUCCUAUAAAUGCGGCAUUUGCCAAGAGACAUUCUUGAGCCAGAAGGAGCUGAAGAAACACCUGGGGAGUCACAGCGGGGAGCGGCGCUAUGCGUGCCAAGAGUGCGGCCGCACGUUCAGCUGCAAUUACUUCCUGGUGCGUCACCAGCGCACGCACAGCGGGGAACGGCCCUUCGUCUGCCCUCAGUGCAACAAGAGCUUCAAGUGCAGCUCCGUCCUUCUCCGGCACCAGCGCACGCACAGCGCGGAGCAGCCCUUUCAGUGUGACGUCUGCGCCAAGGGCUUCUCCCAGAAAAGCAGCCUGGUCAUCCACCUGCGCACCCACACUGGGGAGCGACCCUUCUCCUGCGCUCUUUGUGGGCGGGGCUUCUGUUCCGGCUCCGCCCUGGUCCGACACGAACAGAACCACCGGCAGGACAUGAAGUGGACAGGCUGUGAUGUGACGAUGUCGGCUGCCAGUGAGCGCCUCCCCCGGGUGACGGCCGGCAGCGGAUUCCCGGAGGAUCCUGCGGAUUUCUCCUUCACUUCUGAGGAUGGCGCAGACUGGAAGGGGCGGAACGGUGAAGCCAAACUGGAAAGAUGCAAAGAUGAUCAGGAGGAGGGCUCUACACACAGCUGUGCCGGGGAGGAGCAGCGCUUGGCGGAGGAGGACUGUGCCGGUGAGGAGCAGUGCCUAGCGGAGGAGGGCUGUGCCGGUGAGGAGCAGCGCCUAGCGGAGGAGGGCUGUGCCGGUGAGGAGCAGAGCUUAGCGGAGGAGGACUGUGCCAGUGAGGAGCAGCGCCUAGCGGAGGAGGGCUGUGCCAGUGAGGAGCAGCGCCUAGCGGAGGAGGGCUGUGCCGGUGAGGAGCAGCGCCUGGCAGAGGAGGGCUGUGCCGGUGAGGAGCAGCGCCUGGCGGAGGAGGGCUCUGCUGGUGACAGGAACGUUUGGUGCGUGUCUGAGGAGGCAUCAUGCACAGGACAGGAAGAGGAAGUGGUCCAUCAGGACAGAAGUGUUAAUAUGGCCGAGGAGCGGAGCGAACGGGUUUCGGCAGAGAAAGGGAAUGUCUGUGAUGAGCCUGCGCAGCGCUCCGGCCGGGACGUGAGCAGCGGGUUUAUCUGCACACAGUGUGGGUUAACGUUCACGACGCCGUCUCUCCUGAGCAGUCACAUCACGAUCCACUCCCGAGACCGACCUUUCUGCGCUGCCUGUGGCAAAACCUUCGCACAUCACUCCUCGCUGCUACGCCACAAGAACGCGUACUGCGGAGGCUGGUCAGGAAAACGCAAUAUUAUCAUCAGGCGUUACCUGCCGGCCCUCGGCGUGCAACGCGACCACAGAUGCGGCAUUUGCCAGGUGACCUUCCCAGGACCUAACGAGCUCCGCAGACACCUGGGGAGUCACAGCGGGGAGCGGCGCUACCCGUGCCGAGAGUGCGGCCGCACGUUCAGCUGCAAUUACUUUCUGGUGCGUCACCAGCGCACGCACAGCGGGGAACGGCCCUUUGCCUGCCCUCAGUGCAACAAGAGCUUCAAGUGCAGCUCUGUCCUUCACCGGCACCAGCGCACGCACAGCGCGGAGCAGCCCUUUCAGUGUGACGUCUGCGCCAAGGGCUUCUCCCAGAAAAGCAGCCUGGUCAUCCACCUGCGCACCCACACCGGGGAGCGGCCCUUCUCCUGCGCGCUCUGUGGGCGGGGCUUCUGUUCCGGCUCCGCCCUGGUGCGACACGAACAGAACCACCGGCAGGAGAGAGACCGGGGCGUGAAAGAAGAUCCAGACGGAAUUACCCCGAAUCUGAGACCCACGCAGCGGAAAACAUGGCGAACGCCGUCCCGCGCCGUGUCCUCUGGUGCUGAGGAGGAUACAAUGCAGACAGAGACCACCAUACUGCAGGGGGAGACAGACGAUGAAGGUGCGACCGGUGGGAUUACGGAGGGACCUCUGGCGGCGGAAAGUACCAUCAAAGAGGAGCGCGAGGACGGGAUUUCACAGCAGGUUCCGGGCGAAAUACCGAGGAGCGGAGAGACGGCCGAUGGAGGGGAAAGGAUCUGCGAUGUGGGAGACGUCUGGAAAGAGGAAGCGGGUUACGGAGACACGUAUGGGAACACGCUUUUGUGUGAACACGGCACGGGCGUCAUAUGUCCGGACUGUGGGAAAACCUUUGGGUCUGAGCACCUUCUCUCCGAACACCAGCAGACACACACGGAAGAGGAUCCCCUCACGUGUUCUGGGUGCGGUAAACGCUUUGGUCACCAGUCCACGCUCGCAAGACACCGGAAGUCUCACUGCAGCAGGAAAACAUGGACGCCCCCGGCUGGCCACGACAGCCCUUCUCCGGCAGACGCCACUCACCCCUCUUAUAAGUGUGGGAUCUGCAGCGAACGCUUCCAGGACAGUGUUGACCUGCGCAGACACCUGGUGGGCCACAGGGGGCCGUGGAGGUACACGUGCAAGGAGUGCGGCCACGUCUUCACCUGCAAUUACUUUCUGGUCAGGCACCAGAGGACUCACACGGGGGAGCAGCCAUUUCAGUGUCACGUGUGCCGGAGAGCCUUCUCGCAGAAGACCAGCCUGGUGAUCCACAUGCGGACACACACCGGAGAGCGCCCGUACGCCUGCCGGCUCUGCGGCCACGGCUUCUGCUCGCGCUCCGCGCUGGUCCGACACCUCCGCAGUCACAGGGAGCGGACGAACGGCAGAGGAGACGGCUUCUCUCAUGGAGCGGAGUCCGCAGAUCUUCUGGAUAAGUCGGACCGGCUCGUGACGCGCUCCACAAACGGUGCUGCUGGUGGGAAGUGGUCAGCAGGUAUAGGAGGUCACAUGGCUUAUGCAACGGACUGUAGUGGGGCGACCCCUCCGGAUGAAGCAGAUGCGAUGCGUGAAGGAUGUAUUGGGGGUCGCGGAGCAGAUCUGGCCGCACGUCACCGGAUACACGCCGGGGAGAGACCCUUCACAUGUACCGGCUGUGGCAAAAGUUUUGGUUACCGGUCAACCCUCGUGCGGCACAAGAACUUCCACUGCAACAUCAAAACUGGCAACAACCGCUUGCCGAGCUUUGCCCUGCGCUGCUAUGAAUGCGGCAUUUGCCACGUAAGUUACCCCAGCCCUGAUGAGCUGAAGAAACACCUGGGGAGUCACAGCGGGGAGCGGCACUACAUCUGCCGAGAGUGCGGCCGCGUGUUCAGCUGCAAUUACUUCCUGGUGCGUCACCAGCGCACACACAGCGGGGAACGGCCCUUCGCCUGCCCUCAGUGCAACAAGAGCUUCAAGUGCAGCUCCGUCCUUCACCGGCACCAGCGCACGCACAGCGCGGAGCAGCCCUUUCAGUGUGACGUCUGCGCCAAGGGCUUCUCCCAGAAAAACAGCCUGGUCAUCCACCUGCGCACCCACACCGGGGAGCGGCCCUUCUCCUGCACGCUCUGUGGGCGGGGCUUCUGUUCCGGCUCCGCCCUGGUCCGACACGAGCGGAACCACCGGCAGGAGAGAGACCGGGGCGGCCAGAGAGAGGCGCGUCCCGUUAAACAAGAAGCCCUGGCCAGUGAUGGCACUGACGACAAGUCCACGUGGUCUGGAGGAGAGGCGGUGGAAGGCGAGCGCUGCGUGGACCUCCCGAGACAGCCCGUCAGAGACCUGGAGAAGAGCUGUGGGGAAGAAGAUCAGAGGAUGGCGGACGGUCCGGAGGAUGAGCAGCACAGCGGGCUCCAGGACACCGUGGCGGCUGAUCACGGACAGGAUUGUGGCUUUAUAUGCCCAGAUUGUGGCAAAUACUUCACAUCGCAGCCUCUCCUUGCAGAACACCGGGCGCUUCACGCUGCGGGUCCGCGUCCCAUCUGCAGCGACUGCGGGAAAAGCUUCGGCCGCCGCUCUUCACUCCGGCGGCACCGGACCUCUCAUUGCCGCUUAGGAAAAUACAGACGCCUGACCGGGACCGGCUUCUCCCCUCUGUCUGCCCAGAACGUCUAUAAAUGCGGUGUUUGCCAUAUAGAUUUCUCCUGUUCUAAUGAUUUGAAGAAACACCUGGGGAGUCACAGCGGGGAGCGGCGCUACGCGUGCCGAGAGUGCAGCCGCACGUUCAGCUGCAAUUACUUACUGGUGCGUCACCAGCGCACGCACAGCGGGGAACGGCCCUUCGCCUGCCCUCAAUGCAACAAGAGCUUCAAGUGCAGCUCUGUCCUUCACCGGCACCAGCGCACGCACAGCGCGGAGCAGCCCUUUCAGUGUGAUGUCUGCGCCAAGGGCUUCUCCCAGAAAAACAGCCUGGUCAUCCACCUGCGCACCCACACCGGGGAGCGGCCCUUCUCCUGCACGCUCUGUGGGCGGGGCUUCUGUUCCAGCUCCGCCCUGGUCCGACAUGAACACGCCCAUAGAAUGGCUUGUAACAGACUAGAGACGCAGAGUCCUAAAGAACCGACAUCACCAGGAUUAUGAUACCGUAUUGGCUAUACCUCAAGGAGGCGGGGUCUAGUAUUGCUAUGAAAAUAAAUCGAUUGCUUUGCUCUAAGGAGGCCAAA